UUUCAAUAGGUUUUUGUUAAUAUAUUUUCUCGUAAAUGAAAAGCGUUAACUCUUCCCGUUGGUAUGAUCUGCGACUUUAUUUUACGUAAUUAACUCUUUCCUGCUUUGAAGUAAGCUAGCUGGCUUCUUAAAAGUCGAAAAAGAUAUUUCUGAUGUGUACAACGGUGGACAGUGGGGAAAUAAUCAUCCUCAGUGAUGAUGAUGAUGAUGAUGAUGAUGAUGAAGACUGUGAACCCCACAUAUUUUACAGUGAACUCUCAGUUCACACCGUGGAGGUGGAAGAUGAGGAGAAAGACUGCGUUUUACCUCUUAGUGUUCUGGAUGAAGACCUGGUCGUUACCUUCUCCCGUCCCGCCGAGGUGCUGCCUCAUGCUCGCUACGACUGCCACAUACACCCUUUCACGGCUACAGACUGUGAGACUGGCGUUCCAGUGGAUACAAAUCAGCUCAUUUGUGAUCAGUGCUUCUGCUACAUCUGCGACAAGCUGGCAUCAUCAUGUGUCAUGUGGUGUCAACGCGGUGUGUGUCACUGCAACAGCCACCACAGGAGCAGCUUCUGGAACAACCUCAGAGACAACUCGCUGCUGGGCGACCUGAAGGCUUUCAACCUCACGUUGUCCGAAAUAGAUGUUCAUCUCCGACAAGCAGACACGAUGCUGCAGAGUUUCAGACAAGAGCUCGCUGCGCAGUUCACUUGCUUCCUGAAGGGAACGCCGUUAGAUGAAUACAGUCUGAGCCUCCCUAACCUGCAAGGCCCCGUCUACGAUUACACACCUGUUUAUGAGCUUGUGUCGUCGUUCCUGAACAACGCAGAUAAGCAGGACAACAGAGCUGCUGCCAUCAUGAGACUGGGAGCCACUGAGUGCUUUAUUCGACAUUUUGAAGUCGCAGGGAAUUUGUCCUUACCGUCUCCUACGGCUGAUGCUGCUCAGGCCAAAGUGUUGUUACUGCAGAGGGUCGUGUCAUCCAUGCAGAGAGAGAUGGUGACGGGUGAUUUCACCCCUGAGUUCACCCACAAAUUGCGGGAUUUUUACAAGAAAUUGUGUUUCCCUGCUCAUCUGAAGCACCUGAAGAACAGCCUGUGUGUCCGUCCUUGGGAUGAUGUCUUGCUGGUGUCUGUGCUGAAGGGACAGAAUGUGUCGGGUGUCCGCAAAGACAAAGGCAAGAAGGUCGUACUGAUUGAACACAUUUCUGUAGUUCUACUGAGGACAGAAGAACUACAGCGACAGCUCAGGUACAGAGAGUUGUGUCGCUACCUGCGAGUCGUCCAGUCUGAAAAUCCCGAACUCCUCCAGCAGCUACGAGACCUCAUCCCGGUCUUCAUGUGCAUGGAGGGUGACUUCACGUCAGCUCUGCAAAGUUUGUUCUCCCCGGCGAGCUCCCCCGCCUCCCGCUUCACUCCACAUCUCUUCCUCUUUUACCUCCGCAUCUUUAAAACGGCAACAGUGCCGAAGCUGGCGGUCAGCCGGCCGGCGGAGCUCUGCUGUACCGAUGCACCGUGGGAGCCGAUUAAAGGUGCUGUGCCAAUGAAACGCGAUGUGCAGGUGAAGUUCGCUCUCAGGGUUCAGGGCUGCUGCUCUGCUGUCUUCACUGAUUCCCAGUGUUGGAUGAGUGUGCUGACGGUGGUCAACACACCUCGUGGUUCAAUCACUGCUCUACCAGCACCGAGUCUACUGUUCCUACACGAAGCGAAGGCUGUCGUGAAUUCGAUCCUGCUCAGUCAGAACUGGUCAAGCAUACAGAUCCCACGAUCCUUUCAGGAGGUGUACCCAGAUCAGGCCUUGUUGCUGCUGGUAACGGGGGCUUUAGGUGUGAGAAUCCUAAACUCUGCUCUGAGUCCAGCCGUCCCUGUGCUCAACACAUUUAAGGACAAUUUGUGGGCUCUCGAGUGGCUGUGGGACAGUUUGUCCUCCAACGCUGGACGCCUCAGCUCCUUCUUACAGGAGAUCACACAGGAGAUGGAAAACACAACAGAUGGGGAAAGUUUGUUAUCCUUUCUUCGCGCCUGUGAAGCCGCUCAGUCUUCUCCAGCAGAGAUCUGCGACGACCACACCUACUGCGGUCCAGUGCCUGUUAAACUCUACUCUUCCCAAGUGUUGCAGUGUCAGCUGGCUGAUUCUCUCUCACACUAAUGGCCCUUUUUUUGCACAAAAAAAACCCAACCUGACUCUGGAGUCCCGGCUGAGCGAGGUCUCAGCUCUCCCUCCUCUGGACAAUGGAUGUGUUUUUAUACAGACGUCAGACUUCACCUGGACAUGCCAGGUGUCAGCACACAGAGACUGUGAACGCACCCUCGCUGUUCUACUUGUACUCACUUCACAGAGACACUUCAUGUAGCUUCAUGCUUUAAUGACUUGAUCAGAGUUGGUUCAGCAGGCUGACAGUCUAAACUGUUGACAGGAUUCAGUUUGCAUUGAGAGAUUUUUUCUUUUUAUUUUAACCAAAGUGUAAUUAUGUUAAUCGCUGUCUGUAAAGUCUUUUUCCCAAUAAACAGUAAUAACGUAA